CAUGGCAACCCACAAGCAUCGAUUUCUACAUUCAUUCCGACUCCUGCGCCUCCAAAAAUGCCUGUCCCUCAGAAUCAGCAGCCCCCUUCGUCCAGUUCUGCGGAUGUUCCGGGAGCUAAACGUAAGCGAACAGGAUUCCAGGCAGAGGUGCUUCGACUGCUUGGAGGCAUUGCGGCGCAGCUCCAGAGCCAAGCUAAAAUAUUGAGACAGCUGGAGGCACAACGUCAUGAGCCCAAGAAACCAACUACGAUCCCUGCGGUCCUCCACCUUCUGCCACUCUCAUCUCAUGAGGACGUUGCACAGUUGAAGACACUUCUGCAGGAGGAUGAGAACAAAGAAGCCCUUAUUGCUCACCUCGCGCUCAUUGGAGGUUCGUCGGUGCAAGAUGUCACGCGCUCUGUAAUGAAACGGUGCAUGCUAGAUGCUCUUGCAAAGAACUACUGCAUGACUGGCAGAAAGGGGAAACUACGUAUGGAGCACCUCCAGCUUGUUUGUGUGGUGACAGGGGCAGUACACAGAUGUUUUGAGCAAAAGAAGAAAAAUGGUGAGGAAGCUAUUGUAGUUCAGAAAAACACAACGCUGAAAGCCAUUGCUGAUUGGCUGAGAUAUGGAGCGGCCCGCGUUAAGAAAACGGUGACUGCUACAGAUUCUAUUUUGGCAUAA